CUGCUGGCCCAGGGCACAGCGAGGAGGGCGCUCUCUGAGGCCGGGUCGGCCCGGGUUUCGGGCGGCUGACCGCUGGGCCGGGCAAGGCACCGAGGGUCGUGGUCCCCUCUCCUACGUCUCCGACGCCUGGUCUCUAAAGCCAGAAGAGAAGGUUGGAUCCAGCAACUGUUUCUUUUCCGGGUCGCUCUGAUCCUCUGGAUACUGGGUUGAUCUACGGAAUAACCGAAGACGACGUUUGGGAUUUAAUUUUUCCUCUCAGUUUUUGGAAUCUUUCACUUCUCACUUGGACAAGAACUCAAGAGCAAAAUUCCCGUGUUGCAAUCUGGUUCCUAAGGAGAAAGAGGAAGGCAGUCCUGGAGUGGUUUCUUUAUAGCAAUUUCAACAGAAGAGUGAGAGAUGGAACCCGAAGAAGAAAGAAUUCGUUACAGCCAGAGAUUGGUUCUUGGGGGUUUUCUCUAUCUGUGAGUAUUUGGUUAAAAACUUAAACCCUAAAGAUAAAAGGCAGAAAAUAGUGACCAAACGAAUGGUUUUGGCACAUACAGUGGUGAAGGCCUCCUUCAGGUAAAAGAUGCCCUUGGAGUUCUACAGUGUACUUACUGCCUGUGUGGCUAUACAUGGUGGCCUUUGUUGGAGGGAAAGAAGAUAUGAAAGAAAAGUCAUUCUGUAUAUUUGAACUAGGAGGGGAAAAGUCCAAUCUAAUGGCGAGGUACCAUGCGACGACGCUAUGAAGACGAUGGCAUUUCAGAUGAUGAAAUUGAAGGAAAAAGAACUUUUGACUUGGAAGAAAAACUCCAUACCAACAAAUAUAAUGCCAAUUUUGUUACAUUUAUGGAAGGAAAAGAUUUUAAUGUAGAGUAUAUCCAGCGGGGUGGCUUGAGAGACCCUCUGAUAUUCAAGAAUUCUGAUGGACUUGGAAUAAAGAUGCCAGAUCCAGACUUUAGUGUGAAUGAUGUCAAAACGUGUGUGGGGAGUCGUCGGAUGGUGGAUGUCAUGGAUGUGAAUACACAGAAAGGCAUUGAAAUGACCAUGGCUCAGUGGACACGCUACUAUGAGACUCCAGAGGAAGAGCGAGAAAAACUGUAUAAUGUCAUCAGCCUAGAGUUUAGCCACACCAGGCUGGAGAACAUGGUACAGAGGCCUUCAACGGUGGAUUUCAUUGACUGGGUAGACAACAUGUGGCCCAGGCAUUUGAAGGAAAGUCAAACAGAAUCAACAAAUGCCAUCUUGGAAAUGCAGUACCCUAAAGUGCAGAAGUACUGUUUAAUGAGUGUUCGAGGCUGCUAUACUGACUUUCAUGUGGACUUUGGUGGUACCUCUGUAUGGUAUCACAUCCACCAAGGGGGAAAGGUCUUCUGGCUCAUCCCCCCUACAGCCCACAACCUGGAGCUGUACGAGAAUUGGCUGCUGUCAGGGAAACAGGGAGACAUCUUUCUGGGUGACCGGGUGUCAGAUUGCCAACGCAUUGAGCUAAAGCAGGGCUAUACCUUCGUCAUUCCCUCAGGCUGGAUUCAUGCUGUAUAUACUCCUACAGACACAUUAGUCUUUGGAGGAAAUUUUUUGCAUAGCUUCAACAUCCCCAUGCAAUUAAAGAUAUACAACAUUGAAGAUCGGACACGGGUUCCAAAUAAGUUUCGCUAUCCAUUUUACUAUGAGAUGUGUUGGUAUGUGUUGGAACGCUAUGUGUACUGUAUAACCAACCGUUCCCACCUAACUAAGGAAUUUCAGAAAGAAUCUCUCAGCAUGGAUUUGGAGUUAAAUGGAUUGGAAUCUGGAAAUGGGGAUGAGGAAGGAGUAGACCGAGAAACCCGACGCUUGAGUAGUAGGCGUUCUGUCCUUACUAGCCCUGUAGCCAAUGGGGUCAACCUGGAUUAUGACUGCCUGGGCAAAACCUGCCGUAGUCUUCCGAGUCUGAAGAAAACUUUGUCUGGGGACUCAUCCUCUGACUGUAGCCGGGGCUCCCAUAAUGGCCAAGUGUGGGAUCCCCAGUGUAGCCCCCGAAAGGACAGGCAAGUGCAUCUGACCCAUUUUGAGCUUGAAGGCCUCCGCUGCCUUGUAGAUAAGUUGGAAUCUCUGCCAGUGCACAAGAAAUGUGUCCCCACAGGGAUAGAAGACGAAGAUGCUCUUAUUGCCGAUGUAAAGAUUUUGCUGGAAGAGCUUGCCAGUAGUGAUCCCAAGUUAGCCCUUACUGGAGUCCCUAUAGUACAGUGGCCAAAAAGGGAUAAGCUUAAAUUCCCCACCCGGCCAAAGGUGCGGGUUCCAGCCAUCCCUAUCACAAAGCCUCACACUAUGAAGCCAGCUCCACGGCUAACACCUGUGAGGCCCGCAGCUGCCUCUCCCAUUGUGUCAGGUGCCAGGCGAAGACGAGUGCGCUGUCGGAAAUGCAAAGCCUGUGUGCAAGGAGAGUGCGGUGUUUGCCACUACUGCAGGGACAUGAAGAAGUUUGGAGGACCUGGACGUAUGAAACAGUCCUGUGUCCUCCGACAGUGCUUGGCACCCAGACUGCCUCACUCAGUCACGUGUUCCCUCUGUGGAGAGGUGGAUCAGAAUGAAGAGACACAAGACUUUGAGAAGAAACUUAUGGAAUGCUGUAUCUGCAAUGAGAUUGUUCAUCCUGGCUGUCUUCAGAUGGAUGGAGAGGGUUUGCUUAAUGAGGAAUUGCCAAAUUGCUGGGAGUGUCCAAAGUGUUACCAAGAGGACAGCUCGGAGAAAGCUCAGAAGCGGAAAAUGGAAGAGAGUGAUGAAGAAGCUGUGCAAGCCAAAGUCUUGCGGCCCUUGCGGAGCUGUGAUGAGCCCCUUACACCCCCGCCCCAUUCACCCACUUCCAUGCUGCAGCUCAUCCACGACCCAGCUUCCCCCCGGGGUAUGGUGACUCGGUCAUCCCCUGGGGCUGGCCCCAGCGACCACCACAGUGCCAGCCGUGAUGAGCGCUUCAAACGGCGGCAGUUGCUGCGGCUGCAGGCCACAGAGCGCACCAUGGUACGGGAAAAGGAGAACAAUCCCAGCGGCAAAAAGGAGCUGUCUGAAGUUGAGAAAGCCAAGAUCCGGGGAUCGUACCUCACUGUCACGCUACAGAGGCCCACCAAAGAGCUCCACGGGACAUCCAUUGUGCCCAAGCUGCAGGCCAUCACGGCCUCCUCUGCCAAUCUUCGCCAUUCCCCUCGUGUGCUAGUGCAGCACUGUCCAGCCCGAACCCCCCAGCGUGGGGAUGAGGAGGGGCUGGGGGGAGAGGAGGAGGAAGAGGAGGAGGAGGAGGAGGAGGAAGAUGACAGUGCAGAGGAGGGGGGUGCAGCCAGGCUGAAUGGCCGGGGCAGUUGGGCUCAGGAUGGAGACGAAAGCUGGAUGCAGCGGGAGGUCUGGAUGUCUGUCUUCCGCUACCUCAGCCGCAGAGAACUUUGUGAAUGUAUGCGAGUGUGCAAGACGUGGUAUAAAUGGUGCUGCGACAAGAGACUUUGGACAAAAAUUGACUUGAGUAGGUGUAAGGCCAUUGUACCCCAAGCUCUCAGUGGCAUCAUCAAGAGGCAACCAGUUAGCCUUGACCUCAGUUGGACCAACAUCUCCAAGAAGCAGCUGACAUGGCUGGUCAAUAGGCUGCCAGGACUAAAAGACCUCCUCCUAGCAGGCUGUUCCUGGUCUGCAGUCUCUGCCCUCAGCACCUCCAGCUGCCCCCUUCUCAGGACCCUUGAUCUUCGGUGGGCAGUAGGAAUUAAGGACCCUCAAAUUCGGGACUUGCUGACUCCAUCAGCCGAUAAGCCAGGUCAGGACAAUCGCAGCAAGCUCCGGAACAUGACUGACUUCCGGCUGGCAGGUCUUGACAUCACAGAUGCCACACUUCGCCUCAUCAUUCGCCACAUGCCCCUCCUGUCUCGACUCGACCUUAGUCACUGCAGCCACCUUACAGAUCAGUCCUCCAAUCUACUCACCGCUGUCGGGUCUUCCACUCGUUACUCCCUCACAGAACUCAAUAUGGCAGGUUGCAAUAAACUGACAGACCAGACCCUGAUCUACCUACGGCGCAUUGCCAAUGUCACCCUGAUCGACCUUCGGGGAUGCAAGCAGAUUACUCGAAAAGCCUGCGAGCACUUCAUCUCAGACUUGUCCAUCAAUAGCCUCUACUGCCUGUCUGAUGAGAAGCUGAUACAGAAGAUUAGCUAAGACAUGCCCAGCCCAAACUGAACAGGAAAUGGAUCUUCCCCAGCCUCCCCACUGUGGAGAGCCUCUCCCUGACCCUGCACGGGCUCUGAGGCCAGCGUCACACUCCCUCUCUGCUCUUCUGUCCCUGAGCCCUUCUCCCACAGGUGGGUUAGAGAGAGUGGACAACACCAGGUUUGCCUGCCUGCUCCUCUCCCUCCCAAGGAAAAGGGAAUAGCAGUUGAUGUGAGAGGAAGGAAAUCACAGGCUGUGCUGUCGCAGUGCCUGUUCACUUGCUCAUCUGCCAGGAGGCUGGGCAUCUGGGGGAUUUGUGCAGCCUUUACCUGUACCAUGCCCCAGGCCCCUCCUCCCCACCUGUGGCCCCAGCAGUGCCUGGUUCAGAGCAGACUCCAGGAAAGAAAGCAGUCCUGUCUCCAUGGCCAGGUUCUCCUCAUGGUGUCCAGUGCGUGUCUCUCCUCUGUCACACUCUCCCAGCUCCUGCAGGAGGGGCCAGCAGCCCCAGAAAUGCCAGGCCCAGCAGAUCCCACUGGUGCUGUUGAUGUCCGAAGCUUCGGACCCAUGUCUGUGCUUGCCAUCCUUUCCUCUCCCUGAGCUUGAUGCUGUCCAGCAUUCGUGCUCAUUCAUGUAAUACAUUGUACCUCCUUCCACCUAGCCCGACUUUCCCACUAGUCUUCUCUGAGGUCCUUGUUGCACUUAACUGGGGUUGAAGCUCUUUAGAGGAGCUAGAACUGUACCCCAGGGACACGCCCAUUUCACUGCUACCCAGGCAGAUUCUGAGACAGGCACCAUCUCCUUAUUCUCCCUCUCUUGCCUCCCACUGACUGCCCUGUUGUUCCACGUGUCCUCCUUCCUGCCUGAAUAAGGCUUUCCCAGGAUGCGUGUCCUCAGAGGGAGUAGCCUUUCUCCCCUACCAGCUGAGGGGAGCAGAGGACUGGCCAAAUCCCCACCUGCCUCUGGGCCAGGCUUUUCCAGGCCUCUGGUUUAGUGUGGCCCUCAAGCGCCCCAGGCCUGUGUAUUGCCCCAUCGGCUUACUGACCUGGUGGUGCCUUUUAAGGGUCAAGGGUUCCUUCUUGGAAGCCAGUCACCUGCCCUCUGCUUAUAGCCGUGGAAGGGGGUGUGCAUGUGCCUCUGUGUGUGGAUGAGUAUGUUGUGUGUGUGUGUGUGUGUGUGUGUGUAGAGGGAAGGAGGGGAGUGUGUCUCCCACUCCACCACCCUUUGUCAAGCCCCAUCAGCUGCCCCCUUUUACUUUGCAUUGAACGGCCUGUCCAAAGAUCCUCUCUCUAGGGCAGCAGAGAGCUUUUUGCACUUUAAAAAAAGAAAAGAAAAGAAAAAGGUCGGAAUUUCUUCUGGGUCAAUAUUUAAGUGUGAGGAGAUGCUCAAUAGCAGCAGCCUGUGGCAAGAGCUUCUAAGUGAUAGAUGCAAAUUUGCACUCUGCUCCCCAUCUGUAAGGAGAUAGCACAACCUUUGCCCUGCCUUCUUGUUCUCCAGCCUCAUCCCCUCCUGGUCCCUUGACUGUAGCCCAGUCUCAGGCUUUCCACCUCUUAAACCUGCAGUGGGGAGGGUACAGAGCCAGGCACCAGGGCUCUGAAGUAUGAGCCACCCCAAGGAGAGACAUCAACUGCACCCUUGCCACUGCCAAAGCAAUAGAGGCAGAGGGCCCCCCGCUUGCCUCCUAGCCCAGCUUUGACCCUGGCAUUAACUGACCUUCUUAGAUGAAACUGGGUCCUGUUAAGAGGUGGCCUUGUAUCUGUUUCUUCCAAUCUGCUGAUUCUUUUGACUGUAUCUUAAAAACAGCAGUCUGCUCCCAUGACCCUCUGUCCCUUCAUUGGUCUCUAGGCCCCAGCAAGUCUGGGGCUAAAAUGUUGAGGAAAUGCCAGUGACUUAUUCCAGAGUGCCUCAGUUAGGGGAACUUAUCUGUAAAGAACCCUGGGUAUUGAGCAAAAACAUUAUUAUUAUUGUUAAUGACCUAUAAGCUUCCUGCUUUUGUUUCUUUGUUUUGUUUGUUUGUUUGUUUUGUUUUGCUUUUUGGUUGCUCCUGUGGAAAAUACUAAAAAGAUAAAGUUCUGUUUUGUUGUCUUUUUAUAAAAGGGGAGGUGGAGAGACCCCUUCAAGAGCAGGGAUUGUGCCGGGAGAGUGCCUCUGAUUUUGGGACAUUUCAUCCACAGAAAUUUCCAAGCUGAUGGUUUGUUUGGGGUUUUGGUUUUUGUUUGAUUUUUGGUUUGGAAACAAGCAUUUUUACCAUGCACGUAAAUUGGUCAGCAGAAAAGGGAGCCCAAGAUGGCAGCAGAUGGACCGAUGCCCUUUUUGGGUUUUACUUUUUGUUGGGACUGAGGGGAAAAUGGUUUUUAGAGGUGAGGGUUGGUCCACAUGGAGGAGAGAAAUACCUGUUUGGGGACAGAGGAAC